ACCCUGCCCAAUUAAACAUGAACACACCAUCUUUUAAACGCUCGACCCCCCAAACAAUAAUUCUUGACGAUCAUCUUUUCAUCAUCAUCUUCUUCUUCUUGAAUUUUAUCUGCAAAUCCUAAAAGAGAAAAAAAAAAAAAGGAAAACGUUAAUUCUCCAAUGGAUCGAGCUUUUCAAAGAUCGAAAAUCCUAACCAACCACCUCCUCCAAUCCUCUGCAUCUUCGCCCGCUCGAAUUCGUUCUCUUUCUUCAAACGCCUGUUUAAAUUACACUCCCCCCGAAUUUUCCGAAAAUUACGCAUUUGACAUCAAGGAGAUGCGGAAGCUACUCGACAGGCACAACGUGGAGGAACGGGAUUGGCUGUUUGGGAUGAUGAGGCAGAGCAAGGUGUUCAACCCCAGAGUGAGGGGAGGGAAGGUGUUUGUGUCGCCGGACUAUAACCAGUCGAUGGAGCAGCAGCGGGAAAUGACAUUGAAACGCAUCGAGUAUUUGCUGGAGAGAGGGGUGUUCAAAGGAUGGUUAACGGAGAACGGAGAAGAGGCUGAGAUGAGGAAGUUCGCUUGCUUUGAGGUUCUGAGUAUCUUCGAUCAUUCCCUUGCCACUAAGCUCGGAGUUCACUUCUUCUUGUGGGGUGGUGCCAUACAAUUUUUUGGUACAAAGCACCAUCAUGACAAGUGGCUGAAGGACACUGAAAAUUUAUCGAUCAGGUGUUGCUUUGCAAUGACGGAGUUGGGGCACGGAAGUAAUGUUCGCGGUAUUGAAACGGUAACAACAUAUGAUUCAAACACAGGGGAGUUUGUCAUUAGUACUCCUUGUGAAUCAGCUCAGAAGUAUUGGAUUGGUGGGGCAGCCAAUCAUGCAACACACACAAUUGCAUUUUCACAGCUAAAUAUCAAUGGAACCAGUCAAGGGGUUCAUGCGUUUAUAGUCCAAAUCAGGGAUGCUGAUGGUAACGUAUGUCCAAACAUUCGCAUUGCUGACUGUGGUCAUAAAAUUGGUUUAAAUGGUGUUGAUAAUGGUCGAAUCUGGUUUGACAAUGUUCGAGUGCCCAGAGAGAACUUGUUAAAUUCAGUUGCCGAUGUUUCACCUGAUGGAAAAUAUCUAAGUUCAAUAAAAGACCCAGAUCAGAGAUUUGCUGCAUUCAUGGCCCCUCUGACAGGAGGUCGUGUUAAUAUUGCAGUUAGUGCAGUUUACCAAGCAAAGGUUGGUUUAGCAAUUGCCAUUAGGUAUGCACUAACAAGGCGGGCUUUUUCUCUCAAACCAAAUGAACCCGAGGUCUUAUUGCUUGAUUACCCAAGUCAUCAACGACGACUCUUGCCUCUCAUUGCAAAGAUCUAUGCUAUGAGUUUUGCAGCAAAUUACAUGAAAAUGCUGUAUGUAAAGAGGACACCUCAGUCAAACAAAACCAUUCAUGUAGUUUCAAGUUCAUUCAAAGCUACUUUUACUUGGAAUAACAUGCAAAUACUUCAGGAAUGUCGUGAAGCUUGUGGAGGACAAGGAUUAAAGACUGAGAAUCGUGUUGGUCAUCUUAAAGGUGAAUAUGAUGUGCAAUCCACUUUUGAGGGGGACAAUCAUGUUUUGAUGCAGCAGGUCAGCAAGGCUCUUCUUGCCGAAUAUGUGGCUGCUCAGAAGAGAAAUAAGGCUUUCAAGGGUCUGGGCUUAGAACACAUGAAUAAACCCUGCCCUAUCAUUCCAUCACAGCUUACUAGCACUACCCUUCGAUGCAGUCAAUUCCAGAUGGAUGCCUUGUGCUUAAGGGAGAGAGAUCUUUUGAAUCGUUUUGUUGCAGAGGUCUCACAACUUAAAUCCAAGGGAGAAAGUGAAGAGCAUGCAUUCAUUAUGAGUUAUGAGCUAGCAGAGGACUUGGGCAGAGCUUUCUCAGAUCGAGCAAUAUUUCAAACGUUUGUUGAGGCAGAAGCAACUCUAGCUGCUGGUUCAUUGAAGGAUGUUCUAGGCAUAUUGAGAUCAUUGUAUGCCUUAAUUUGUAUCGAAGAUGUUGCAUUUCUCCAAUAUGGGUACCUAUCAGUGGACAAUGCCACCGCUGUGAGGAGAGAAAUAACAAAAAUUUGCAGUGAACUUCGACCACAUGCGUUUGCUUUAGUCAGUUCCUUUGGCAUUCCUGAUGCUUUUCUGAGCCCUAUAGCUUUUGACUGGAUUGAUGCAAACUCUUGGUCUUCGGUUUAGCCCUGAUAGGGUGUUAUCCUACCAAUCUCAGUUAAGCAAAAGGUCUAGUCAUGGCUAGCUACUCUUUGAGUCUUUUUAAUAGGAUAACCUUCAUCCGACUUUAUAGCGAAAGCAAUUAUCUGUAAACUGUUCCUUAUAUUAAUAAAUUUAUUGGUUAUUUGCUU